AGCGUCGAUGGCAGCCUCCCACCCGAAAACUGAGAAAGCAUCUUUUCUCUGACGUCAUGAGAGCUGCAUCAGCUGUGAGCCCCGCGUCCUUAGCUUGCAAAAUAUACUCUCUCUUCUUCUUUUUUGCUGCCCGCAUCUGCUCUGACAACGGGAAUAUAUAUGAUAUUUUCCACAAACCCUGAAAUGGCGACACUGGAGGUACAACCGAAUGAGACUCUCACCAACCUAAAAGCGGAAUCGGACACGUUGAAAACGAAGCUCGAGGACGAAAGAGCGAAGCUGCAUGAUGUUGAACUCCACCAGGUGGCAGAGAAGGUGGAUGGACUGGGCCAGUUUAUCAUGAAGACCCGGCGUACUCUGAAGGGACAUGGAAACAAAGUUCUCUGCAUGGACUGGUGUAAGGACAAGAGGAGGAUCGUCAGCUCUUCACAGGAUGGAAAAGUGAUUGUAUGGGAUGCCUUCACCACUAACAAGGAGCAUGCAGUGACCAUGCCGUGCACCUGGGUGAUGGCUUGUGCCUACGCUCCCUCUGGAUGUGCAGUGGCCUGUGGUGGUCUGGACAACAAGUGCUCAGUGUACCCUCUGUCGUUGGACAAGAAUGAGAACCUGGCAGCGAAGAAGAAGUCUGUCGCCAUGCACACCAACUACUUAUCUGCCUGUAGCUUCACCAACUCAGACAUGCAGAUCCUGACGUCGAGCGGAGACGGAACCUGUGCAUUAUGGGAUGUGGAGAGCGGUCAACUGUUGCAGAGUUUCCAUGGACACGCCGCUGAUGUUCUAUGUCUGGACCUGGCUCCUUCUGAGACCGGCAACACCUUCGUCUCUGGGGGCUGUGACAAGAAGGCUAAUGUAUGGGACAUGCGCUCAGGCCAGUGCAUUCAGUCCUUUGAAACCCACGAAUCAGACAUCAACAGUGUCAGGUACUACCCCAGUGGAGACGCAUUUGCCUCAGGCUCUGAUGAUGCGACAUGUCGUCUCUAUGACCUGAGAGCAGACAGAGAAGUGGCCAUUUAUUCCAAAGAGAGCAUCAUAUUUGGUGCCUCCAGUGUUGACUUCUCUCUCAGUGGCCGGCUACUGUUUGGUGGCUACAACGACUACACCAUCAACGUGUGGGAUGUCUUGAAGGGGACGAGGGUGUCCAUCCUGUUUGGACACGAGAACCGUGUCAGCACUCUGCGCCUGUCUCCUGACGGAACGGCCUUCUGCUCGGGCUCAUGGGACCACACUCUCAGGAUCUGGGCUUAAGGUAAAUGACACAGAAGAGGAACAACGAACCUCAACGGUAGAUAGAUGGAUCCAGUUGUAAACUAAGUGUUCCACUCUGCUUGAAUACAAUCCUAGGUUCAGAUUCAGUUGAACAUACAGUGUCUUGCGAAAGUAUUCGGCCCCCUUGAACUUUGCGACCUUUUGCCACAUUUCAGGCUUCAAACAUAAAGAUAUACAACUGUAUUUUUUUGUGAAUAAUCAACAACAAGUGGGACACAAUCAUGAAGUGGAACGACAUUUAUUGGAUAUUUCAAACUUUUCUAAAGUGUAGACUUUCGCAAGGCACUGUAUAUACAGUGGUGAAGGGCAGGCAUUGUGUUACUGUAGUGGUGUGUCAGGGUACAUUUGAACCGUGAUCUUGGACAAGUUAACAGUCAUUAUCAAACAAAAAAAAACCCUGCAAAAGAUACGUUAUUAAAGCUCGUAAUAAAAGUGUAUCACAUUAAGUAUUUUAGAUCGCGCGAGGUCAAUAUAUCUUAAUGAAAUUCAUAAUCACACACAGAGUGAUGAUAUAGCUACUCUAGUCUUAAGCAGAAGGUCCAAAGAGAACUACUAUGAAUUAGAUGGUGAUGAAUAACAAAGUUUGAAAUGAAUCUAGUGGUGAAUAUACAGAGAUUACAAUAUUUAGAGGAAGAAUGUCUUCAAUAACCUAAUGUAUAAGAUGUAGUAUGAUGCGAUGUUUAGAUUUGAGAUAUGUUGGGGGAAAAAAACAGUUCAUAAAUUUGGAACCAAACCCUCAAGAGUCAUCUUGGUUGAUGCCAGGACAAAUCAUCUUGGUUGAUGCCAGGACAAAUCAUCUCGGUUGAUGCCAGGACAAAUCAUCUUAGUUGAUGCCAGGACAAAUCCUCUUGGUUGAUGCCAGAACAAAUCCUCUUGGUUGAUGCCAGGACAAAUCCUCUUGGUUGAUGCCAGGACAAAUAAUCUUGGUUGAUGCCAGGACAAAUCCUCUUGGUUGAUGCCAGGACAAAUCCUCUUGGUUGAUGCCAGAACAAAUCCUCUUGGUUGAUGCCAGGACAAAUCCUCUUGGUUGAUGCCAGGACAAAUCCUCUUGGUUGAUGCCAGGACAAAUCCUCUUGGUUGAUGCCAGGACAAAUCCUCUUGGUUGAUGCCACAUUUUCCAUUCUAAUACUUGACCCUUCGAGUUCCUUUCCACCUGUGGAUUUCACCUACUGCUUGAGAUGUUCACAUGACAAACACUAGAUAAUAUCUAGCUGACAUGAAUAUACAACCUUUUGUGAAUACCUACUUAUUUAAAUUCUUAGACUUAUGUACUCCUGUUCAUGUAAUUAUUAUGAUGAUUGUAAUUUGAUAAUUUAUUGUAAUUAUUAUAUUGUAGUUUAGUGUAUAUACAAAGUUACAUGAUACCAUAAACUAUUAACCUAUACCACACAAAAGUAAUAAAAAUGUAUUUGAACUAUGGAUUUUGUGUUUAUUUCUGCUGUUGUUGUUGUUGCCAUAUUUGGAAUUUCUGUGAUUUGAAGUAAAAAAAAUAAAAAAAUUCAAA